AUGCCGAGGCUUCAGAUUCUACAACACAAGUCAUACCACCCGUAUUCAGAGAAGAACAAACAGCGUGUCCGGGAAGAUGAGGCCAAGGCGCGCGCCGAAGAGGAUCAGCGGCAACAGGAGGCCAUUGAAGCUGCAUCAGAAGAGCGGUUAAACGCCCUGCGCCGACGAGCAGGCACACCAGAGGAGAACCUCACCAUCACGGGAGAGAGUUCGCUGCUCUCUCGUCACAGGCGAGAGAAGGAGAAGCGCGAGCGGUGCGAGAGGAAGGACAAAGAAAGGACGAGGCUCGACUUUGACUGGCCGGAGAAGGAGGCGCGCAAGCGCGCGCGCAAGGACGACCGCAAGGACGACCAUUUCAACUCUGGCGGACAGCUCGACGACGACCGCUUCGUGACGGAGGGCCACGUCAACUUCUGGGCUGACCUUGAGAGCGGAAAGGAGAGUGCGCUGGUGCAGCCAUCGAUGCAGGACACGGCGACGCGCAAGGCCGCGCAAGAAGCAGACAAGCUGACUAUGUACCUCGAGCGGCCGGACCGCGAGACCCAGCCGUGGUACUCCAACAAGGAGCUGCGACAUGUUGAGGAGAAGGGGGAAGAGGCAGAACGACGACAGGCGCGUGACAGGAGAAUCGAUGCCAAGGCCAAGGUCAGCCAGGACCCACUGACGGGCAUCAAUAAGAAGCUGUCCAUCCAACCGCGGCCUUCUCCCCGUGUGUCCGCCCAUACUGCCACACGUAGGCCUCCACAUGCCCAGAGCGAGCGGGAGCGGGCGCUCGCUAUGCUCGCAAAGCGUAAGGGCGGCUCAGGACGAGCUGGGUGGGAGACACCCGAGUCGACACAUAGGUCGUGGGCCGAUGACUUUGAGCGGGAGAAGGAUCGAGCAGGGCACCGUUACAACCCGAGCGCGUGGGAAAGGAGUUCUCGGCGUUGA